AGCGCGACAGUGAGAAGGUUUUUAUUCGUCUCGUUUUAGUAAAAGGGGCGUUUUUUUUUUUUUUACAUGUCAGCCAUAAGGAUUAGCCGGAGUGUGAGUGUGUGUGUGUGUGUGCGCGCGCGCGUGCGUGUGUGAGUGAGUGUGUGUGAUGCUGAGGGUUUGUAUUAAAGGAGAGAUGGACACUGGGUGCGGGAUGCGCGCGCGGCAGACUGCUGAUAUUAGUAAUAAAGGUGGUGUUCUUCCUCUUCUUCUUCUUCUCGCUGUUGCAUGAGCUCCAUCGCGGCAUCAUGAGCACCGUGUCUGCGUCCUGAAUCCACGCACCGUUUCAGCGCGCGAGCAUCCGGUUACUCGGUGAUGUCAAAGCCUGGGUUGUGGAUGUUAAGACGUCAUUAUUUGCUGAUACAGUAGCUGUGGUUAGUGCACGCGGCGCAGUGAGCGGGUGAGGCGUUCAUCAAUGCGGCAGAAUCACACGGGACGGGGAGACAUGGAGCAGGAGAGGCUCUGAGGUGGAAAUUCGGGGCUCCUGAUCAUUUUCUCUACCUGCUCGGGUCUCCACCUGUGUGAGGUCACACACGCUGUGAGAGCCGGCACGCGCGCACCGCAUGAAUCACGCGCACUGACAGGUAGACCCGCAAAGCCGCGCUGAGUGUUUGUGGGGUGUGUUUUUAUUUUUUUCGUGUUAAGAGAGAGAUUUGCGCAGAAAGCCUGCAGAGAUGCUCCCCGCAUCAGAAGCCGCCAAGAUCUACCAGACGAACUACGUGCGGAACUCGCGCGCCAUCGGCGUGCUGUGGGCCAUCUUCACCGUGCUGUUCGCCAUCGUCAACGUGGUGUGCUUCAUCCAGCCCUACUGGAUCGGCGACGGCGCGGAGACCCCGCAGGUCGGCUACUUCGGCCUCUUCCACUACUGCAUCGGUAACGGCGUGGCGCGCGAGCUGGCCUGCUACGGCACCUUCUCCGACUUCGGCUCCAUCCCGUCAGGAGCCUUCAAGGCCGCGUCGUUCUUCGUGGGCACCUCCAUGGUGCUGGUGCUCACCUGCAUCGGCUGCUUCACGCUCUUCUUCUUCUGCAGCACCGCCACCGUCUUCAAGAUCUGCGGCUGGAUGCAGCUCGCGGCAGGUACAUGCCUGGUUCUCGGCUGUCUCAUCUACCCUGACGGCUGGGAUGCGGAGCAGGUGAAGCGGAUGUGCGGAGAGCAGACGGAUAAGUACACGAUCGGAGAGUGCUCGGUGCGCUGGGCCUACAUCCUGGCCAUCAUGGGCAUCAUGGACGCCCUCAUCCUCUCCUUCCUCGCCUUCGUGCUGGGAAACCGGCAGGACGGCCUCAUGGGAGACGAGCUGCUGGGAGACAAAAGUGGAAAUGCAUAGGCGGCUCAGCUGGAGGGGGGUGACUUGAUCAGUUGAAAGAAAAGAAGAAGUAAAGUUACAUGCUCCAGUCACCAUCCAGCUUUUUACCCAGCAUGCUGCGGGGCUGAGGCCUGUGUGUGUUUAGAGGGAGAUAAAGAAUGACGUCUAGAUUGUUGAAGAAGAAAAGACUUUACACAGCUGUGAGGACUGGACCAGGCAGCUACACUCUCACUCACACACACACAGACACACACACACACAUACACACUCUCACACACACACACACACACACACACACUCUCACACACACAGACCCUGCCGUUUAGUGUGUUAGGAUCGGUGUCAGUAUUCCACUGUUUGUCUGUUUGUCUGUAUUUACACACACACACACACACACACACACACACACACACCCCUGACAUAAACAUGUCCAUGUUUUGGAGUUUGUUGGUUAUUUUAGUGUUAGUCGACCGGACUGAACACUCGAGGUGGACCUGAAGAGACUGUUACCAUGGCGACGGAUAACACCGGAGGAGAACGCGGGAGCCACGGCGACCGCUCUUUCCUCUCACAAGUAAAUUACCACAACAGAGGUGCCAAAAAAACCCCACCACACACACACACACACACACACACACAAGGUUUAUUUAAAAAUAUUAGAUGGUGAUGAACGCCACAUGUCAGUGCUGUGUUGUUUUCUUCCAUGUUAAAGCGUUAAACAAACAAACAAACAAACAAACAAACAAACAUAAUGUCCCAAAGCUUCAGCCAAUCUGAAGAAAAUGUCAACGUCCUCGACGGAUUUAUUUGGUUUUCAGCGUCACCCGUGUCUCCGUCGUCCACGUACAGCGGUACACAGCUACGUGCUAGCUAGCUCAACUCUAACCCCGAGUCAUUCGCUGGCUUCCUCUCCGCCUCCACGUUUCCCAGUUGCCUAGCAACAGAGUCCAUCAGCGUGCUAGUUCUCGAGACGAGGGAAUAGGGAGCAGGGAGAGAUUUGGAACACACACACACACACACACACACACACACACACACACACACACACACACAUCAUGUAUGUAACAGAAAUGAAGUUCCAUAAGAACAACCAGGAUUCAUGAAGAAUUACUGCAAGUGUGUAGAGUCGUUUGGGGAAAAUCCUUUUUAUAAUUUAUUUUUAUUUGAAAUGAUUAUUUAUUCAUUUGUAUUAUUUAAUAUGAUUUAGAUUUUUCUUUCUCAUGUCAUCGUUUAUUUCUUUUCUUUUUCUUUCGGGAUUAUUUGUUCCUGUUGUGUUGUACAUAAAUGUUUGUUUUUUUCCCUAGAUAAUUCUAUUAUUUAUUUCUGUGGUUUUAUGUAUAUGUUUUAUAAAAUAAUUUUUUUCCCAUUGUAUUUUCA